AUGUCACAACACGGGCCCCUCUCCUCGGAUGGCGUGCCGCUGGACCACGGCGCGUCGGCUGUCCCUAGAACGGGAAGCCCCCAGACGCUGGAGUACUCUAUACCCAUUCAGAGGCUUUCAUGUGAACAGUGCCGGGCGCGCAAGGUCAAGUGCGACCGCAUUUACCCGUGCACGCCAUGCACGGGCAGGCAGAUCAAAUGCACGUUUCCUGGCGGGUUCAAGCCCCGGCAGAAGAGGCAUCGCCCUCUUGUGUCGAGCUCAUAUGAAGACAAAAUCGACGAUAUUUCCAGCAAGCUUGACCAGAUCAGGACGGCCAUUGACACAAUCGGGCUCUCCACCCGUCCUGUCGCCAGCGCGCCACGCACCUCGCAACCCAAGGUCUUGCCUCGCGGGACGUUGACCCCAGCAACCUCAUCUUCAACCCGUGGGCAAUCUUCGCGAGCAGCUAGCAUCCGAGAUGAUGUGUCCGAGGCCGAGUCGGAGGACGACACACCGCUCCGAACGCACGCUGCACACGCGGCGGACUUGGUACAGCAGAUGGUGAACAACACCAGCUCCGGGCUGACUCCCGACGUGACCUCGAGCCUUGACGCUCUACAAAAAAUUGUACAGACCAAAGCAAAGCGCAAGGCUCAAGCCGUGUCGUCCAUUUUGUCCAAGGCCGUGGAGAGUCCAACAAUCGAAGGCCUGAAAUUACCCCCACUCGAAACCGCCAUGAUGUGCCUCGGCAUGUUACGAGAGAACGAGACGAUCAAGUAUCUCUGCUUCUUCGAAAUUGAAUCGGUCGGCGAAUUCGUCGAGUAUUUGCCCGCGUGUUACUCACAAAAGCCCGCCAUCACGGAUCUGAUUAUUGUCAACGUCGGCUUGGCCCGCAUCUUCUACUGCUGCAGCUGUUACGAAACCGAUGCGCACUUGCGAGAGGAGUACGAAAGCCAGUCUGCGGCCUGUUACCGGAACAUCGAUCUGGUGAUGCCUCAGCUUCCGUUUGCUGCGUCGCAUACGUUCGACUUGGCUCUAGCCUUGUGCAUGGCUUCGUCGCAUUACAUGGAAAUCGCGAGGCCACGAAUGGCCUGGAAACUGGCCGUGCACGCGACGCACGUCUGCCAGACUCUAGGCUUUAACCGCGCAGACUCCCUGGGCGGCGACAGCUCGACAGCCCCUCAGCGGCAGAAGCGGGUAUUCAUAACGUGCUGCAUCAUGGAGAAGACCCUGGCAUUCUGCCUCGGAAAAGCAUCCACGGUCCGUAGCAGCGACGUGCCAGCGACAGACGUCGGGAUGGAGUAUGGCUUUGGCGCGUCCCUGGAUCCGUUGUGGCGCAAAUGGAUCGCCAUUGCUCUGGUGCAGGACCAGGUGUACGAUGACCUUUGCAGUCCUAGAGCGCUGGUGCAGCCAGACAACGUCAGAUAUGCCAGAGCACGGUACCUAGCCGCCGAGAUGGAGAAGUUGUUCUUCACGCAGGAUAGCGCCGAGACGCGAUGCAUGCAAGCGAUGCGAGACACAGUCGGGGACACUAUAGCAGACGUCUUCUGGAGGUCCACGAGAGUAUCAGGACUGGCAAUGUUGACGCUCAUUCAUCGAACUACAACCCCAGAUACGAGCACGGGAUCCGGAUUCUCAGAAGCGUGCGUCUCGGCGGCGGUUCAGGCUUUGGAAGAGCACCAGCAGUGCAUGAAUCUGCUCGAUGACGAAACACACAGCAUGGUGGACUUUUACGUUCAAUGGGCUCUUCUGUCAGCACCAUUUGUCCCUUACAUCGUCGUCUUCUGCAUUACGGUCGAGACAUCAUCGCCUCUUUACCUAACGAAACUCGCCUCUGUCGUUAAAGCCACUGAGAAGGUGGCUGAUACGUAUCGCGAAGUCUAUGGGAAGCAACUCGCCAUUUUCAGACUCAUGUACGAUGUUGCGUGUAAGUGCGUCGAGGCGAGAAGUACCGAUUCUGAGGCAUCGCGUCAGCUUGGCAAGUCGACAGACGCGACGGCAAGCAUAUCGGCAGCCCAGUACAACAUGGCUGCUUCCAGUUCCUCGGCUGUGUUCAACGACCAGUCUUUCGGGUUCCAGACCCUCGAUGCAGCCGGAGCAGGCAUGGGGGUUGAGCACUCGGGGGCCUUGCUUGGCAGCAACAUGGUUGGGCUCUCCCUUAGCGACUGGAUGGAUCAAAACUAUCAGAUUUUCCAGCUCCUCGAGGAGGACAGCGUAAUGGACUGGGACGCGCGAGGGGCUCCGGGUCAAUGA